AUGAACUCUCGCGAGGAGGCAGACCAAGCCGGUCCCAACGCCCCACUGCUCACUUCAACCGACCACCAUGACCGGGACCUCUCUCCCGAUCCGGCCGAUAACGUCGAUCUCGCGCCUGAGCUGGAAUACUCCGGCGGAUGGUUCAUAUGGAUAUUGACAAUUUCUGCUGGAAUUAGUGGUCUCUUAUUUGGAUAUGAUACCGGCGUUAUUUCCUCUACCUUAGUGACGAUCGGCUCCGAUCUUUCGGAUCGACCUUUGACGACUCUGGACGAGAGUUUGAUUACUUCUUGUACGAGUUUGUUUGCGCUCGUCGCUAGUCCGUUUACUGGGGUGCUUGCGGAUAAAUAUGGUCGGCGCAAAGUCAUUCUUGCUGCGGAUGCGCUAUUUGCGCUGGGGGCUUUGGCUCAGGCGUUUACAAGUCAGGUUGGGGGGAUGAUUUUUGGUCGCAGUAUUGUUGGGUUGGCGGUGGUUGCCUAUAUUGUUGGGUGGUUAUUCUCCGAAAUGCCCGGAGGCUGGCGCUGGAUCGUCGGCCUCGGAGCAGCACCCGCUUUUUUACAAUUUGCAAUCCUCAUCUUUCUACCAGAGACACCACGAUGGCUUGUACAAGCCGGAUCGGAAGACAGAGCGGCGAAAGUACUCACUCACAUCUAUCAUGGCUGUCCUGAUCGGGAUCAAGGAGUCCGCCGGGUCCUUCUCGGUAUCAGAAGAGAAAUCGAAGAAGAGGCGGAGGAGAUGGGCCAGAGUGAAAUUCCAGAUGCGAAUAUGCAUUGGUUCCAUGAUACGUCUCAACGAGCCCAUGACUUGUUCUAUGUCGGUGGGAACAGGAGGGCCCUGACGAUAGCAAUGAUGCUUCAAGGGCUCCAGCAAUUGUGCGGGUUCAACAGCCUGAUGUACUUUUCAGGCAUCAUCUUCACCGCGCUUUCAUUCUCUUCGCCAACGCUGACAUCUCUCACGGUGGCCGUCACCAACUUUGUUUUUACUCUUUUUGCAUUCGGACUGAUUGAUAAGAUCGGGCGUCGUCGCAUUCUCCUUUAUUCGAUUCCAGUGAUGAUUCUCGCGCUGGUAGCUUGUGCGGUGGUCUUUUCUUCCAUGGAUAUCUCGUUUGAACCCGAGAGCACACAAAAGACAAAUCCGAAUGCGAACUCGAACUCUCCUCUAUUGGUUCUGUUCUGCCUGGCAGUCUUCGUUGCAUCCUACGCCUUCGGACUCGGAAAUGUACCAUGGCAACAGGCCGAGCUUUUCCCUUUGAAUGUCCGAUCUCUGGGAUCAUCUCUGGCUACAGCGACAAACUGGGGAUCGAACUUCGUCGUCGGUCUCACCUUCUUACCCAUGAUGCGGUGGAUUUCUCCAACCUGGACAUUUGUCAUAUACGCUGGAGUGUGUGCCGUGGGCUGGGUGGCAGUCCAUGCAAUUUAUCCGGAAAUGAGUGGGAUGGGCCUAGAAGAUGUCAAGGGCCUUUUGGCGAAUGGAUGGGGUGUCGAGGAGAGUUUGCGACGAAGACGGAGCAUGAAGCAUACAUAG